AUGUGCGCCAAGUCCAAGGUCGCUCCUAUCAAGCCGGUGUCCUUACCUCGUCUGGAGCUUUGCGCCUCACACCUCUUGGCGCGGCUCACUGCGCACGUUGUACGCACGUUGGGACUCCAGGCCCCCAUCCACCUGUGGUCCGACUCCACCAUCGCACUGACGUGGAUCACUGCACAUCCGUCCCGCUGGAAGACAUACGUCGCGAAUAGAGUAGCGGACAUCCAAAGCACUGUCCCGUCGGCCCGCUGGCAUCACAUUGCAGGAAAGGAGAAUCCCGCGGACUGCGCGUCUCGAGGCCUUGCUCCCAGCGCGCUGUCAACCUUCGGACUAUGGUGGCACGGACCAUCGUGGCUGUCGUCUUCUCCAGGACCCUGGACGACGCACACGAUGACUGAAACCGCGGCUGACGUGCCCGAGCAACGGAGGCCUCCUGUCGCCUCGCACGUGGCCACCGUGGCCGAGCCUGACCUUCUGCGACGGUACUCGUCGUUAUCACGGCUGUUGCGCAUUACAGCUUGGUGUAGGCGAGCCAUGCGCAGGCUCCCUUCCGCAGUCGGCGAUGAGCGGGAUGAGGCGACAGGGAAUGAGGUACGCCCGUUGGCAGCUGCUGAGUUGGAGGCCGCCCUGAAGGCCUGGAUCCGGGUGGUGCAAUCUGAAUUCUUCAAGGAUGCCUUGAACACCCUACAAAACAAGGCACUAUUACGCAGCGGUGGUUCACUCGCCAAGCUGAGUCCGUUCAUCGACCAGCUUGGAAUCAUGAGAGUGGGAGGCAGACUCAAACACUCACUGCUGUCGUUUGAUGAAAAACAUCCGAUCAUACUGCCAGAGGAUUCGGCACUCACACAUUUAAUCGUGGACGCCUGCCAUAGAAGAGCCCUCCACGGCGGAGUCCAACUUACCCUGAGCAUCCUGCGUCAACGGUAUUGGAUCUCUCGUGGCCGCAUGGUGGUCAAACGGCACAUUCACCGAUGUCUACCUUGCAUACGAUGGCGCGCCGCUGUGCCGCAGCAGAUCAUGGGCGGUCUCCCCCAUCCCCGAGUCAACGCAUCUCGGCCGUUCCAGCAUACCGGAGUGGACUACGCCGGACCCGUCAUGCUUCGCACCUCUAGGGGCCGCGGCCAUAAGGCUCACAAGGCCUUCUUUGUGGUCUUUGUUUGUUUAGGCACCAAGGCCGUCCACUUGGAAGUGGCCUCCGACUACACCGCAGCUGGAUUCCUGGCGGCAUUCAGACGCUUUGUCUCCCGGCGAGGCCUUUCUACGAGCGCUCUUCCGGGCUAG